UUUAUUUGAUCUCUUGAUCUAUUUUGGUCAGAUAACUUAUUGAUCUCUCGUCGUCACUAUCUAAUCUAACUACCUGUCAACUUUCAAUGAAAAGAAAACCCGAUCAAACAUCUUUCCACUCAAACCCGAUCAAACUUCUUCCCUUCCCUCAACUCAAAUCCCAUUGCUGAUCACAGAACACACACCAUGGCAUCCGAUUCUUAUUACAGCACCUUCUUCUCAUGGAAGUUUCAAGCCCAUUACACAAACAUUGACCAAACAUGGCUGGCCUUUGCCGUCUCCGCCGUCGCCGUCGUCUUUUGGUACGCAUGGCUCUACAAAAAGUCCAAGAACGCAACCCCGCCGCUGCCGCCUGGCCCGAUGGCCCUGCCGUUGGUUGGGAACCUGCUAUCUCUCGACCCGGAACUCCACUCCUACUUCGCGGGGCUGGCCCAAGCCCACGGCCCAAUCUUCAAGCUCCGCCUCGGCAACACCCUCGCCGUCGUCGUUACCUCCCCUUCCUCAGCCCGCGAGAUCCUCAAAGACCAUGACGUCACUUUCGCCAACCGCGACGUAAUCGCCGCUGCUAGGGCCUCCACCUACGGAGGCAAUGAUAUCGCGUGGACCCCGUACGGACCCCAGUGGCGGAUGCUGAGAAAAGUCUGCGUGCUCAAGAUGCUCAGCAACACCACUCUGGACUCGGUGUACGAACUCCGGCAAAAGCAGCUCCGGGAAACUGUCGGGUACUUCUACAGUCGGGUCGGGUCGGCGGUAAACAUCGGCGAGCAGAUGUUCUUGAACGUGCUCAAUGUUAUCACCAACACGUUGUGGGGUGGGACGGUGGAGGGGGACGAGAGGGCUGGACUUGGAGCCGAGUUUCGGGAAGUUGUAUCGGAGAUGACGGAGCUUAUGGGGAAGCCGAAUGUUUCGGACUUUUACCCGGGUUUGGCUCGGUUCGAUUUGCAAGGCGUGGAGAAGCAGAUGGCGGGGUUGGCUCGGAGGUUUGAUGGGAUAUUUGAGAAGGUAAUUGAUCAACGGCUGCGGAUGGAGAAAGAAGGAGCGAAAAAGAGCAUUGAUGUUUUGACGUUUUUGUUGAAGUUGAAAGACGAGGGAAGAGAUUCGAAGACGCCUUUCACUAUGACCCAUGUCAAAGCUCUGCUUAUGGAUAUGGUGGUGGGUGGCACUGACACUUCCUCCAACACAGUUGAGUUUGCAUUAGCUGAAAUUAUGCACAAACCAGAGGUGAUGAAAAAAGCCCAGCAAGAACAAGAAGCUGUAGUUGGCAAACACAACAUUGUAGAAGAGUCUCAUAUUCAUAAUCUACCCUACUUACAAGCUGUGAUGAAAGAAACUCUGCGCUUGCACCCAGCCCUGCCACUACUAGUCCCUCACUGCCCAAGUGAAACCUGCACUGUGGGAGGCUACACCAUCCCGAAAGGGUCUCGGAUUUUCGUGAACGUCUGGGCAAUACACAGGGAUCCUUCUAUUUGGGAAAACCCAUUGGUGUUUGAUCCAGAAAGGUUCUUGAACAGCAAAUGGGACUAUAGUGGAAAUGACUUCAACUAUUUCCCAUUUGGGUCUGGCAGAAGGAUAUGCGCUGGGAUUGCAAUGGCUGAGAGGAUGGUGAUGCAUUCACUUGCUACACUUGUGCACUCUUUUGACUGGACAUUGCCACAAGGACAGAAGUUGGAUCUUUCAGAGAAGUUUGGGAUUGUGCUGAAAAAGAAGAUCCCUUUGGUUGCUAUCCCAACUCCUAGGUUAUCUGAUCCUGCACUCUAUGAUUAGCCAACUUCAUUUAGGACCGCAAGGAUUUAUUGGGAUAUUUGCUGUGUGUCUUUCUGAAGAUGAAUUUUAUGUUGCAUUGUUUGGGAGUUGAGAGGCCCCAUUUCUGACUAAGACGUUGUUGUCUGUAAUUGAAACCGGUACUUUUCAAUGUGUACCGUCUAACAUUAUAUUUUCGGAUAAAUAACAGGGUUUAGAAACAAUCGAUAUCCACUACACACGUGCCAAUCGUAGAUGUGGCCUCACUCCAAAGAAACAGAUUUACAUGGGCAGGGAUGAUGAGGACCUCUCUGGAGUUCAAAAGAAUCAAGACUCUUCCUCCGCCCUAAACCAAAGACUUUUUCUUUCAUAA